CGGCGCGGAAGGGGUUAACGCUGACGGGCGGCUGUAGGCCAAGCUGCGCAGCGGCCUCGGCGGUGAGGAGGGAGGAGGAGCCGGGCUGAGUCAGUGGGGCAGAAGUGAAAGCAAGCUGGGGGAAGAGCCGCGCACUCUGGCUGGAAUGGCUUCACCCAGUAGUCUCCUGUCUGAAGAGCAGUUCCAGUGCUCCAUCUGCCUGGACAUCUUUACCAGCCCCGUGUCCACUCCCUGUGGGCACAACUUCUGCAUGGGCUGUAUUGGCGGUUACUGGGACAGCAGUGACGCGUGCCAGUGCCCACUGUGUAAGAAAACGUUUCCGGUGAGGCCGGAUCUCAGUAUCAACACGUUUAUCGCCGGGAUGGCCGAACAGUUCAGGAAGAUGAGAGUCAGCAGUGAGCAGGAAUGCCCAGCUACAGCGGGGGAGGUGCUGUGUGAUUCCUGCACUGGGGAGAAACUCCGGGCGGUCAAGUCCUGCCUGGUGUGUCUGGCCUCCUACUGCGAGAGCCACAUCCAGCCCCACUUCCAAGGAGCCGCCUUCAGGAGGCACCGGCUGGUCGAGCCCGUGAGCAGCCUUGAGGACCGGCUGUGUAAGAAGCACGAGAGGCUCCUGGAGCUGUUCUGCAGGCGAGACCAGACGUGCAUCUGUGUGCUCUGCACGGAGACGGAGCACAGGGCCCACAAGACGGUCCCUGUCGAGAGAGAGUGGGCGGAGAAGAAGCCAGAGCUUGGGAAGACUGCAUCCGAAGUGCAUCAGAUGAUCCAGGACAGGCUGAAGAAGGUGGAGGAGAUCAAGCAGUCAGUGAAGCUCAUCAAAAGCUGCGCGCGGAGGGAGAUGAAGGACAGCGUGCAGGUCUUCGCCGCUCUGCAGCGCUCCAUCGAGAGGAGCCAGGCCGAGCUCGUGGCGCUCAUCGAGGAGAAGCAGAGGGCCGCUGAGCGGAGGGCGGAGGGGCUCAUUUCGGAGCUGGAGCGGGAGAUCGCCGAGCUGGAGAGGAGGAGCGCCGAGCUGGAGCAGCUGUCCCACAGCGAGGACCCCAUCCGCUUCCUACAGAUACUCCCGUCUCUGUCUGCCCCUUCUCACAUGAAGGACUGGUCCGGCGUCCCGGUCCACACUGACCUCUGUCCAGGGCUGAUCAGGAGAGCUGUCUGUCAGCUGGGGGACAGGGUCAGGGAAGAAGUGAAGAUCCACUCAGUCAAGGAGCUCAAGAAGUUUGAGAAGUAUGGAGCGGACGUGACUCUGGACCCCAGCACGGCGGGCCCCUGGCUCGGCCUGUCCGCGGACGGGAAGGAGGUGUGGCUGGUGGAUACCCCCCAACAGCUGCCCGACAGCCCGGGCAGGUUCUACGACGACGUCUGCGUCCUGGCCAAGGACGGCUUCGCCUCCGGGAGGCACUACUGGGAGGUGAUCGUGGGGGAGAAGAAGGACUGGGCCCUGGGGGUGGCCAAGCAGUCCGUGAACAGGAAAGGGACCAUCAUCCUCAGCUCCAAGAAUGGCUACUGGACGGUGCUGCUGAAGAAAGGCACCAGGUUUGUAGCGACCACCUCGCCCGUCACCCUCCUCCCCCUGAGCCUCAAGCCCAGGAAGGUGGGGGUGUAUGUGGAUUACGAGGAGGGGCAGGUCUCCUUUUACAACGUGGAGACCCGGACUCACAUCCACACCUUCACCGACGACGCCUUCACAGAGCGACUCUACCCCUUCUUCGACCCCUGCCUCCGCGUGGACGGCAAAAAUGGGGCCCCGCUCGUCGUCUCUCCGGUCGCUCACAUGGACUGAGCGAGAGGCAAGCUGCGCGCGGGUGCGCGGGUGAUCUGGGGAGACCCCGCCAGAGCAGGAGCAGGGAGAAAGUCCGCGCCGUAGGGGCCGGGGUGGGCACGUGUGACCACCCUCCGAGCUCCACGGAGGGUCGCAGCGGAACUUAACGUUUUCCAGCUGCACGACGCGCGAGUUCUCAGUGCUGAGCAGACGGGGGCGCUGUUGAGCAACAAGCCCGUUUAGCUCCUUUGCUGGGGGAGUCCCGGGGGAGAGCCGGUGAAUGAUAUACACCGUGCUCCGGCAUGCACUGACUUUACAGUAGGACACAACCUGCUAACCGGACUACACAUGCUUGCAAAUCAUAUGGCUGGGGAAGACCUUAAAGUCCCCAGCACCUGGCUGACAUCAGAAAGCAUGAAGCCCGACAGCAUAAAGAAAAUGUUAGGAUGUAUAGUCAAAAGAAUGCAAUUUAAAGUUAAAUGAUGCUAUGCUAACGUUUUGCACUAAAUAAGGUCUCUUUUGGCAUUUGUGUACCAUUUUGGUUACCAUGUUAUAAAAACGAUGCUGAUGGUCUGGAAUCAGUCCAGAGAUGAGCAACCGGGUACAUCCCAGGUCUUUAGGAAUUGUCCUACACUGGCAGAGUGAAGGGAUGGGAUCUUUGAGUCUUGAAGACUGCGAGGGGACCUGAUACAAGUAUUCAGAAGACAUUGACAAAAUCAAGCAAGAGUGACCAGCCCAACAUGCCCCAGGCACACAGCUGGAGACUAUGUGGACGUUUAAUUCUGAGAACAAACCGUAUUCACUUCUUCAGCCACAAGGGGGUGGGAGUGUGGAACAUGCUACACAUCAUAAUCCGAAAACCUUUCUCCAGCUGGAUGAGAUCCUCGCAUCCGUGGGCUGCUUCCUUCCAGAUGGGCGAGAUGGGUCAAAUGCCCUCCUCUACCUCCCUUCGUUAUGUUUUUUUUUAUAAGAUAAUGUACUGCCAAUAAAAACAAGUGCUGAAGUGAAGAUGA